CCCUGGAGGACAGCUGUCCUUCAUCCCAGCAGAAGACACAGAGAUCCUCCUCAUCACAAACAUGACUUUGAUCUGCGUCCUCGUCUGGACUCUCCUCUGCUUCACAGAGUCCAGAGGCCAGGUCACAGUGACUCAGCCUGGAGCAAUGAGCUCUGCUGCUGGAGGCUCCGUCUCCAUCUCAUGUAGAACCAGUCAGAAUGUUAAUAACAAUAAUUUUUUAGCCUGGUACCAACAGAAAGACGGAGGAGCUCCAAAACUGCUGAUUUAUUAUGCUACCAAUCGAGCAUCAGGGAUUCAAAGUCGUUUUACAGGCAGUGGAUCAGGCUCUUCCUUCAGUCUGAGCAUCACUGGACUCACGGCUGAAGAUGCAGCAGUUUACUACUGUCAGAGUGCUCACUACAUCAACAGUCAGUGGGUGUUCACACAGCGGUGGCUGUUCUUGUUUCUGUCUCAUACUCAGACCACGACUGAAAGAACUUGUGUGAGACUCACUGGCUCCGUGUGUUUGCAUACGUUUGCUUCCUCUCUGCUCCCUCGCCUUAAGACAGAUGAUCAGUGGAGGUCCAGGCCUCACAGACACUUGCACGCCUGCAGCACAAUGAUGAUGUCACUGAGUCUACUGCUGACCGGCCUGGGGCUCCUUGUUCAGGGUUCAUCAGGAGACAUCCUGCUGACUCAGUCUCCUGGAGCUCAGUCUGUUGUUCCAGCACAGACUGUCUCCAUCAGGUGUAAAGCCAGUUCUAGUGUUAGUAACUACCUUCACUGGUACCUGCAGAAAUCAGGAGAAUCUCCCAAACUUCUGAUUUAUUCCACCUCAAAUCGUCAGUCUGGGAUCUCAGAUCGUUUCAGUGGAAGUGGAUCUGGAAGUGACUUCACUCUGACCAUCAGAGGAGUUCUGGCUGAAGAUGCAGGAGAUUAUUAUUGUCAGCAGGGUUACAGCUCGUUCACACAGUGAAACAACGUCGUACAAAAACCUCCUCAGCUGGAGAGGAACUGAUCCACUCAACAGCUGCACAGGAACACAGACACUUUACGUUUGAGUGACACUUAACCUUCCUCUUGUGAUGCAGUCGGCAGCGACCCGUUUUGGGUUUUAAAUGCAUUAAGAACCACAUUCAUUUGUUCAUUGCAUCAAGGCUUCUUGACUUUGUCAGGAAUCUCUAUUUGAAUGAAAUGAAGUAAAAACAUUAUUUUCACUCCAUUAUAAAAUGCUCUGGUUAAAAUCAUGACAUUUGUGUUGUAAAGGUCAGCUUUGACCCAGUGAUAAUAAUUAUAGCUCAAACUGAAAUCAUAAGUGCUCUGUCAGCCAACACACUAAGGUCACACCAAAAUUAUUAAAAUCAGUUUUUUCAUGGAUAAGGAAGCCCAACCAGGUAACCAUGACACGGGAAAUAA